UUUGCUAUCCCUACUCAGCUCCCACCUCACAUGCACAAGUUGAAACCUCCCAAAAAGUAGUUUUCAAUUAGAUUGGCUCUCUCUUUCUGGAUCCCAAAAGCUGUUCUAGGCACCAAUUAGAUCCACUGAAAAGAGUAACUUUUCCUAGACAAUACUAGUUUCCAGGUGAUCCAGAAUCAUGGGGAACUGCAUGGAGACAUGCGAGCCGAGGCACCAAGCAGAGGAAAUGCAGCAGCAGCAGCAGCAGCAGGAGGAGGGAUAUGAUCAAAGAGAGAUAUCAGCAAAUCCUUUUGUGAAGGAAAGUGGGUUUGAGAAGGGAAGCAUAAGGCUUAAAAUUGUGCUGACAAAGGAGGAGUUGGAGUGGUUUAUGCUUCAGCUGAAGGAUAAAGAAGGGAAGAGGUUGGAAGAUGUUUUCAGGGAGAUUGAAAGACAAAGAGGAAGAGGAAAAGUUGAGGGAUGGAAGCCUUCUCUGGAGAGUAUCAUGGAGAGCCCUGAAGCGAUUGAGAUGGAAAGAUGAGUACUUCAUUUGCAGCCAUUUUUCUUCCUCUUCUUCUACUUCUUCUUCCAUAGAUUUGUAGGCUCUUGAUGAAAUUUUGGUUUGGGUUAAAGCCCACAUCUGUAAUUAAACUUUCUUAACUAGAGGGCCCUAUAGUGGUUGAUCGAGAUGAAUAUGUAAGUACUCACCCAUGAUUGGAGGAUUUCCUCCUUAAUCUCGGAAACUCCGGCUUCCAACCCUGCGUUGCUUUCUUGGGAAGCUCGUUAGAUCAACAGAAAUACAAACUUUUAUGCUUACAAUAUGACGAGUUGGGUCGCAUCUAGAUUUCAUUCUGGUUGCAUUCUCAUAUAAAAUUAGUGAGAAAGACAUCCCUCCUUCUUUGGUU